AUGGCGCAAAAUUUGAUGUUACUUGCUUUGGAGGAGGACGAUGACCUUCUUUUGUUUGCGACAUAUGAGGUCCACUUCAUGGAACUAUUAGCAUUUAUCCCUCAGUGUAAAGUACAUCAAUCCUCUCAGUGUCAGGAGGACACAGAAUACUACUGUAAUACGUGUAAAAGUGAUCUGUGUCUUCUGUGUAAAGAGAGACAUGUUGUUGAUCUAGAUACCAUAUACCACGAUGUUGUGAUUUACCAUACAAACGAUACAAAGCAACAACAAAGGUCAGGGACUGACAAGACGCCUAUGUACAUAACGGAGAAUCGCAAUGGAGAUGUUAUUGUGUCUGACUUUUGGCGCUAUGCUGUUGUGGUGACAGAUUGUGAAGGGCGAUACCGCUUCUCCUACAGAGGAGAUACAUCAGAAUCACGACUAAAUCCACGUGGAAUCUGUACUGACGCGCUGUCACACAUCCUGGUGUGUGAUGAAGACACACACUCGGUACAUAUGAUUGACAAAGAUGGAUAUUUCCUUUUAAGGAUACUUACUCAAAAACAAGGGAUAUACAAACCAGCAGGCCUGUGUUAUGAUGAAAAAGCCCACCUUCUCUUGGUAGGAUCACAUGGAAAAACUGCGUAUAUGUAUACAGAUACAUAA